GGGCCAGGUGGUGGAGGAUGAGCCUGCGGCCUCCGGGGACCUCUGCGCAGUAAUGCCAAGAUGGUGUUUCGCACAGGUGGAAUGUGGAGCUGGAACUGGACAUGGAAGCUGGCCUCUCUUCUCUUCUGCUGUGCUCUCUACAGCGUAUGUGUUCCUCACUCAGCAUCGGGAUGUGCCAACUGCAGGGUGGACCUGUCCAGCCCAUCGGGGACUUUUACUUCUCCGUGCUAUCCAAAUGACUACCCUAACAGCCAGGCUUGUUUGUGGACCCUCUGGGCCCCCACCGGCUAUAUCAUUCAGAUAACGUUUAAUGACUUCGACAUCGAGGAAGCUCCCAAUUGCAUUUAUGACUCAUUAUCCCUUGAUAAUGGAGAGAGCCAGACUAAGUUCUGUGGAGCAACUGCCAAAGGCCUGUCAUUCAACUCAAGUGCGAAUGAGAUGCGUGUGUCCUUCUCAAGUGACUUUAGCAUCCAGAAGAAAGGCUUCAAUGCCAGCUACACGAGAGUUGCUGUGUCCUUAAGGAAUCAGAAGGUCAUUUUGCCCCCCACACUAAAUGCUUACCAGGUGUCUGUUGCAAAGAACAUCUUCAUCCCAGAGCUCAGCGCUUUCUCCCUCUGCUUUGAAGCAUCCAAAAUGGGCAAUGAGGACAAUGACUGGACAGCCUUCUCCUACUCCGAUGCGUCCUUCACACAACUGCUCAGUUUCGGGAAGGCCCAGAACGACUACUUUCUAACUAUUUCUGGCUCGAAAUGUGUUCUAAAUAGUGGGUUACCGGUCAAGGCAAAUGAAGACAUUUUCACAGACAGCUUUGAGCAGCUCUGUAUUGUUUGGAAUAAUUUCUUGGGCUUGGUUGGUAUCCAUUUCAAAAGAAACUAUGGGACAGUUCCAUGUGAUUCUACCAUUAGCAAAGUUAUUCCUGGGAAUGGGAAAUUGUUGUUGGGAUCCAAUCAAAAGGAAAUUGCCUCUCUAAAAGGAGACAUCUAUAACUUUCGACUUUGGAAUUUUACCAUGAAUUCCACAAUCCUCUCCAAUCUCAGCUGUAACGUGAAAGGCAAUGUGGUGGACUGGCAAAAUGAUUUCUGGAGUAUCCCAGCCCUUGCUCUGAAGGCUGAAAACAACCUGAGCUGUGGUUCCUACCUGAUCCCACUCCCAGCAGCAGAGCUAGCCAACUGUGCGGAUCUGGGGACCCUCUGUCAAGGUAGGGAGACAACGUCAUCCUCAGAACUCAAUUCAACCUUCCAAAAUUGGAACUACACUGUUUACGUGGUUAAUAUCAGGAUGAUGAUUUGGGCCCUUUUGGCUUACAACACUACCAACAAUGUCACCCUAGAAGGAGAAGCCAUUCAACAGAAGAUCUUGAACAAUAAUGCGUCCCUGAAUGAAGGCUUGAGACUGUAUACAGUGAGUGUGAGGCUACUAGGUCAUUGCCUUGAGGAUGAGCAUCCUAAAAACUACAUUUGGCCCACCACCCCACCCACCAGCAUUCGCAUAUCCUGUCCUAACAAUCAGAAUUCGUAUGCGCACCGGACAUGUCACCGCAGUCCUAUCAACACUUCUGUAGCCUACUGGGGGCCUCCUGAUGUCUCCGACUGUGAGAUCGAUACAAUUAAAAAUGCAACUAGCGAAGUGCAGAAUUUAACCUCAAGCAAUAUUAACAUAAUUGUGGAGUAUGUGAAAAAAAUUGUGAAUAAGAGAGAAAACAUCGAUUUAGAACUUGGCUCAGAUUUAAUGACAAUAUUUUCUAAUAUCUUAACCAGUUCAGACAGUAACUUGUUUCAGUCUUCUUCUGACGCCUUGAAAACAAUCGAUGAAUUGGCCUUCAAGAUAGACCUGAAUAAUGAAGCACAUGUGAAUAUAACAACACAGAAUUUAGCUCUCGGAGUUUCAUCCCUAUCCCCGGGAACAAAUGCAAUUUCAAAUUUUAGCAUUGGCCUUCCAAGCAAUAAUGAAUCAUAUUUCCAGAUGGAAUUUGAGGGUGGACAAGAGAACCCGUUGGCUUCCGUAAUUUUGCCUCCAAACAUACUGGAAAAUUUAAGUAAAGAAGAUUCUGCAUUAGUUAAAAGAGCACAGUUUACUUUCUUUAAUAAAACGGGACUUUUCCAGGGUGUGGGAACCCCAAGAGACCACUUAGUGAGUUAUGUGAUGGCAUGCAGUAUUGGAAAUAUUACUAUCCAGGAUCUGAGGGAUCCUGUUCAAAUCAUCAUCAAACAUACAAGAACUCAGGCAGUGCAUCACCCCAUCUGUGCCUUCUGGGAUAUGAACAAAAAUGGGUUUGGAGAGUGGAACACCUCGGGAUGCGUCACACAUAAAGGUGCAGACGAGAACGAGACCGUUUGCCUGUGUCACCACCUCACCCACUUUGGAAUCCUGAUGGACCUUCAAGGAGCUGCCUCACAGAUAGAUGCACAAAACACUAAAAUUCUCACCUUCAUAAGCUAUGUUGGAUGUGGAAUAUCUGCUAUUUUUUCAGCAGCAACUCUCCUAACAUAUGUUGCUUUUGAAAAAUUGCGAAGGGAUUACCCCUCCAAAAUCCUGAUGAACCUGAGCACAGCGCUGCUCUUCCUGAACCUCAUCUUCCUCUUGGACGGCUGGAUCACCUCUUUCAACGUGGACGGGCUUUGCACAGCGGUGGCAGCCCUGUUGCAUUUUCUCCUCCUGGCCACCUUUACCUGGAUGGGGCUCGAAGCCAUUCACAUGUACAUUGCUCUGGUGAAAGUUUUUAACACUUACAUUCGCCGAUAUAUACUAAAAUUCUGCAUCGUUGGCUGGGGUUUGCCUGCCUUCGUGGUGGCCGUGGUCCUGGUGAGCACAAACCACAGUGAAGUCUACCGAAAGGAGAGCUACGAAGGUGAUGAAUUCUGCUGGAUUCAUGACCCGGUUGUCUUUUACGUGACCUGUGCUGGAUACUUUGGAAUCGUGUUUUUCCUGAAUGUGGCCAUGUUCAUUGUGGUGAUGGUGCAGAUCUGUGGGAGGAAUGGCAAGAGAAGCAACCGGACGCUGAGAGAAGAAGUCUUGCGGAACCUGCGCAGUGUGGUUAGCCUGACGUUUCUGCUGGGCAUGACCUGGGGUUUUGCUUUCUUUGCUUGGGGACCGCUAAAGGUCACUUUCACUUACCUCUUCUCGAUCUUCAAUUCCCUACAAGGCUUAUUUAUAUUUAUCUUCCAUUGUGCUAUGAAAGAGAAUGUUCAGAAACAGUGGAGGCGACAUCUCUGCUGUGGGAGAUUCCGGUUAGCAGACAACUCAGAUUGGAGUAAGACAGCAACCAAUAUCAUCAAGAAAGGUUCUGAUAAUCUAGGGAAAUCGUUAUCUUCAAGCUCUAUUGGUUCCAGCUCCACCUACCUUACAUCCAAAUCUAAAUCCAGUUCUACCACCUACUUCAAGAGGAACAGUCACACUGACAACGCCUCCAUGGAUAAGUCCUCAUCAAAACUAACGCACGCUGAUGGAGAACAAACCUCAAUCAUGCCUGUCCAUCAGGUUAUUGAUAAAGUCAAGGAUUACUGCAAUGCUCAUUCAGAUAACUUCUAUAAAAAUAUUAUCAUGUCAGACACCUUCAGUCACAGCACAAAGUUUUAACGUCUUUAAUAUAAAGAAAAGGACUGAGUCUGUAGAAAUGUGGAGUUAGGCAUGCAGUGGGGAAAAUAGUGGACAGAUGUAAAUGUGCUAUUACCUAGGGAACUGCAUAUCUUUGCAGAAUAUUUUUGUUAAAAAGUCCUUUGUCAAAUGCAGAAUUCACCUAUCGCUACAUUUCUUCUGGGUGAGGGGGGUGUGUGUGUGGGGGGGGGGAGUAUUUAGCCAUCUCUAAAACCUUCGUAUAGAAACCUGACUGUGGCUAUAGAGAAGAUGAGAUUUGAAAAAUAGAUCACUGAAUCAGACUAAUCAAGACUCGAUGAGAAAAUAUUAAAAACCAAAGGACAAGGGAGAUGUGAAGUUAAAGACUAAUUCUAGAUUAGAGCUCAAUUCAUCUCCCACCUAAUAGUGGUUUGUCUGUAGCUCUUUUCUGCAUCAUCUUUCUCAACAGUAAAAAGCACACUGAUAUUUAAAGCCAUAUUUGGAUAUCCAGCAGGUCCACCUCAGUGUGGGUUUCUGUUUCUGCAGCAGCAUGUUCUCGUUUUCAAUGUAAUUUCAGCAACACAUAAGAAAAGAAUGGUUGAUGUCUGGACCCAAGGCUUAAAAAACUUUUGUUGUUAUUAUUAUUUUGGUUUGUGUGUAAACCUUUGGUCAUACCAAAUGUUAAACAUUCUCAACCCUAACACACGUAAGAGAGGGAGAUGGUUCCUCAAAUCUUGGCCUUGUUAAAAUGAUACUAUGUGCAUUUCUAAUAUUUCACUUGGCCUGUUUAUCCCUAAAAGAUCCCCAAGAUGCACCAGGCUUAAAAAUCAUCAUUCACUGUAAUUUAAUCCUAUACAUUUGAGUCAAGAUUAGUGUUGCUCUUCUCCUAAUGUGACCCUCCCAGUAGUUCAAGAAGGAAUUUGUUCCACCUCUGCUCUAGCUGCAGUUAACAUAGAUUGAGCCCAAAGGCUCAUGGGAGGAAGAAGUUCCACCAGAUAGUCCCCUUUAGAGGCUUUAUGGUCCUGUCUGUAAUACACACAAAAGCCUCGGGCCCUUUCAAGAGUCCUGUCCCAAGGAAUAAAGACUGAGACAGAAAGGGUAUUGAACCUCAUCAAAGAAGUAGUCUGAUUACUGUUCUAAGAACUAGUUAAAGUCCUCUGAAUGUGCUGUAAAAGAGCCUGAGGAGGACUGGUGAGGUAUUUAUGGUUUAGACUGCUGCAUACAAGCCACGCAUAUUUUCAUCUGCUUCCCUGGCUCUCAAACUAUCCCGAGGAACGAGUUCUUGCUAGUAAAUGUAUAGGAGACCAUAUUUAGUUUUUCUUAAAUGAUGGAGUUGUAUCCAAUUUCUUAGAAAUCUGUCUCAGGAGACGCUCUACAUUUACUCUGAAAAAGCAUCAGGUCCUAGUGGGGUAGCAGCGUCAGUGAGGAACAAAUGAGACAUUCUAGUCAAGCCCGUGUGUUAAAAGGCAGAGGCCAGAGAUGAGCGCCUCAUGACCGUUCCCUUAGCAUGGAAAGUUCCACAGUCAAAGGGAGACACAGGAGAGCUGCCAGGUUCCACAGCAAGUCCAGCGGCCUAUUGCUUUGCCAACAUGAAGCCACUCGCCGGGUUUGGAGGGCCAAUGAGAUGGUGUUGAUGGUGAGUUUGUGCUACCAUUCCAUUUUGCAGUCUGCUGGAACACCAUCAUGGGAGACAUGAUCAUGGCCCAACUUGGCUUUCACAGGGAAAGGGUACACAUAUUCCUGAGGAGAGGACAGUAAAUCUUUAAAGUCUCCAAGGCUCAGUGUAGUAGAGUCAACUCUAUUUCUAUAGACAUAUGUUAAGAGUCUACUUACUCUGCCUGAGGUUACCUGUAGAUGAAAGUUAGUCUUAACUAUUCACUGAAUAUUCAUAUGCUUUCUCCCAAAACCUUAGGUAGUGCUUAGUUAGCUUUCGACUGUGAACUCUGUGCUCCUAGUGCUUACUUUGUUCAUAGCAAUUAAGGCAUAACUUCCAAAAUGGCUUUGCUUUUGCCUUCUAAUCAUAUUCAGAUCUGGGACAACUCCCCCUCCAUAUUUGACACCAGUCUCAGUUCUGCUUUAGACAUUCUCAGUAGCCACGUGUGGAGAAAUGAAGAUCAGCAGGAUAGAAACGUGGGCAAAGGGAUGCACUAGGCAACCAAAUUCUGUCAGCCCAAACGAGCAGCUCUCGUUAGCAUUUGGGAUGGAAUUCAGUGGUGAAAUGACGUUUACGUUGAACCUGACUUAAGUAUCAGCUCAGUGAUGCUUGGAAGGUUUUAGUUGUGUUGUGGGGUUUUGUCCUUGUUUCUUCCCUUUCUCAAAGCUGUGUGGGUUAGGGUCUUCAUUGAGGACCCUGCGAUCGUUUCCUUCCUUGUUACCCUGGCUUACAAUGUCGAUUUUCUGUGUCCACCAUCGGCGUAGAUUCUUUUGUACAUAUUUAUUUAUUUGUGUUUAUAAGUGUCAACUUGUUUCAUAUCGCAGCUUUGUAGCGCCUGGCUUUGUUAUAUUAAUUGCCUUUCUACUGGAGAGACUGUAUAUAUUUUUCUAAGGACUUGGUGAAAUUGUUUUCUGUAGCAAUAUCUUUGAAUAUGGUGAAUAAAAGUGACUGGGAGUACAAA